UUCACCCACGGUGGAAGGGACCAGGCAGCCAAAUGGAGACGCUACCGGUCAAUCCAAUGGGAGAGAAGGACACCUCUCAACCACAACAACAAUGGGAAAAGAACCCCCAGGAGAACCUUGAUUCAACUACCCAGAUUAGGCAGCAGCCCCAAGACCCUCCUACUGAAAUCCUUGAGCUGAGAGUGAGCCCAAAUCUAGCCAGCCAAAUUCUAGAGAAACCUCAAGGGACUGAAAAACUGGCCUCUGGACUUCAAGGAGACUCUGCUAAAUCUCGUGGAUCAACCAGUGAGAUGCCAGAGCCCCUUCAAGCUUCUGAUCUCUGGUACUGUCCCGAUGGGAGCUUUGUUAAGAAGAUCAUAAUCCGUGGCCAUGGCUUGGACAAACCCAAGCUAGGUUCCUGCUGCCGGGUACUGGCUUUUGGGUUUCCUUUUGGGUCAGGCCUGCCAGAGGGCUGGACAGAGAUAACUAUGGGGUUAGGCCCGUGGAGGGAGGGGACUUGGGGGGAGCUCAUAGAGAAAUGCUUGGAGUCCAUGUGUCAAGGUGAGGAGGCAGAGCUUCAGCUCUCUGAGCACUCUGAAUCUCCUUUCAGGCUCACACUGGCCUCCUUCACUCAGGGCAGGGACUCCUGGGAGCUGGAGGCUAGUGAGAAGGAAGCCCUGGCCAGGGAAGAACGUGCAAGGGGCACAGAAUUAUUUCGAGCUGGGAACCCCGAAGGGGCCGCCAGAUGCUAUGGACGGGCUCUUCGGCUGCUGCUGACUUUACCCCCACCUGGCCCUCCAGAACGAACUGUUCUUCAUGCCAACCUGGCUGCCUGUCAGUUGUUGCUAGGGCAGCCCCAGUUGGCUGCCCAGAGCUGUGACCGAGUGCUGGAGCGGGAGCCUGACCAUUUAAAGGCCUUGUACCGAAGGGGGGUUGCCCAGGCUGCCCUUGGGAACCUUGAAAAAGCAACUGCUGACCUCAGGAAGGUGCUGGCGGUGGACCCAAAAAACCGGGCAGCCCAGGAGGAGCUGGGAAAGGUGAUCAUUCAGGGGAAGAAACAAGAUGCAGGGCUGGCUCAGGGUCUGCGCAAGAUGUUUGGCUGAUUAAAAGUUAAAUUUUAAAA